AUGGACGCCAACAGAACUAUUAACCAAAGUAUUAAGACUACUUAUUACGCAGCUUUAAUUAAUACAAGUGUUGGCGUUGUUGCGUUUAUUUUAAAUCUAUCAGUUUGCUUUAUUAUUAUUACACAUUCUACUCUACGCCAGCCAUUUAAUCAUCUAAUACUAAAUUUAUCUUUUUCUGAUCUCUUGGUCUCUUUAGCCGUCUUUUUCAACGGAAUUUUAGAUUAUUUUUCAGUACAACGAUUUAUGUCUUAUGAAUUGGCUACGGUUAUUUGCAAGAUUGAUAUGUCAUGUGCUGUAAUAUCACUACCCGGUGCUUGCUUAACGUUACUUGUGAUGAGUAUUGAGCGUUAUCAUGCAGUUGCAAUAAUCCAAUUACGAUCAGUGAAAUUAUCAACGGUACGUAAGACUAUUUUGAUCAUUUGGAUAUUGGUGACUUUGUCAGCAAUUAUA